CUCUGCCUUUCUCUACGAGUAGUACCUAGUACCGUCCAUCACUAGCACGGCCAAUUGAUUCGCGCCAACCAUGUCGUAUAAUCGCCUAGACCACAACUACGAGGACGACCAGCAUCACCAGAUGGAUCCUCGGGGUAACCCAUAUAGGACUCCGUCGCCUGGAAACCCGCUUCAGCAGGGAUACCAGAUGGACGAGAAUCCCUAUGGCCAGCAUCAUCCUCAGAAUGCCCAGAUGCCUCCUCAUAUUGGCCGGCUGGCAUCCCCAAGCGAUCAGCUACACAUCAACCCCGCUGCCUCGGUUGAUGCUUUAUCCUACAACCACAGCCAGAACCCGUCCGACUACUCAUUAAACCCAGAGGCCCAUCACGAUGCUUACUACAACGCUCCUUAUGAACCGCAGCACGGCGGCCAAGGCUACGACCUGCACCAGGGUUACGAUCAGCCCGGUUACGACCAACAAGGCUACGACCAGCAGGGCUACGACUAUGACGACCAACGACCGAUGCUCUCACAUAAUAACUCCGACCACCCUCUCACCCAGCAGGAAGAGACCCGGCCUGUUACACCACAGGGUGGCAUCAAAAGAUGGAAGACGGUGAAGCAGGUGCUUCUAUACCGUGGCAAUCUGGUGCUUGAUUGCCCGGUGCCGCCUGUAAUGUUGCGCGAAAACCCUCACGGCGAGCGUGAUGAGUUUACCCACAUGCGAUACUCGGCUGCGACCUGCGAUCCCAAAGACUUCUAUGAUGAGAAUUUUACGCUGCGUCAGAGACUCUUCAGCAAGCCUCGUCACACUGAACUGUUCAUCGUUGUUACCAUGUACAAUGAAGACGAUGUCCUGUUUGCACGAACCAUGGUUGGUGUUUUCAAGAACAUUGAAUACAUGUGCAACCGCCCAAACAGCAAGACCUGGGGUAAGGAUGCCUGGAAGAAGAUUGUAGUUUGCAUCGUCAGCGACGGCCGUUCCAAGAUCAAUCCCCGAACAAGGGCAGUGCUGGCUGGUCUUGGAGUUUACCAAGAGGGUAUCGCCAAGCAGCAGGUGAAUAACAAGGAUGUGACGGCGCAUAUCUACGAAUACACCACCCAGACGCACUUGCAGUUGACCAAGGACGUCGUCUCGCUCGUUCAUCGCCGAACACCUGUCCAGCUGCUCUUCUGUCUCAAAGAGAAGAAUGCGAAGAAGAUCAACUCCCACAGAUGGUUUUUCCAGGCAUUUGGCCGCGUUCUGGACCCCAACAUUUGCGUCCUCAUUGAUGCCGGUACAAGACCGGGUGGUAGUUCCAUCUACCAUCUGUGGAAAGCGUUCGAUCUGGAACCCAUGUGCGGAGGCGCCUGUGGUGAGAUCAAGGCCAUGUUGGGUACUGGUGGCAAAAACUUGAUCAACCCUCUGGUCGCAACGCAAAACUUUGAAUACAAGAUGAGCAACAUUCUGGAUAAGCCCUUGGAGUCGGCCUUUGGCUUCAUCUCCGUCUUGCCCGGUGCCUUUUCAGCUUAUCGGUAUGUCGCCUUGCAGAACGAUAAGAACGGCCAAGGCCCUCUCGAAAAGUACUUUUUGGGUGAAACGCUGCAUGGUGGCCACAAAGCAGGUCUCUUCGAGUCCAACAUGUACCUGGCCGAAGAUCGUAUUCUCUGCUUCGAGCUGGUCACUAAGCGAAACUGCCACUGGAUCCUGCAGUACGUCAAGUCUGCCACCGGCGAGACUGAUGUGCCCGACACAGUCACGGAAUUGGUCCUCCAGCGACGUCGUUGGCUCAACGGUUCUUUCUUCGCCGCCAUCUAUGCCAUUGCUCAUUUCCACGACUUCUUCCGCUCCGACCAUUCAUUCUUCCGGAAAAUUGCCUUCUUCAUCGAAUUUGUUUUCAACACCAUCAACAUGAUCUUUGCUUGGUUCGCAAUUGGUAACUUCUUCUUGGUCUUCAAAAUCCUGAUUACAAGUCUGGGCUCGGAGGAUCUCCUGGGCAACGUUGGCAAUAUCCUGGGCGUUGUAUUUGAGUGGUUGUAUGGCGUUUGCCUGAUUACUUGUUUCGUCUUGUCUUUGGGUAAUCGGCCCGCUGGUUCUGGCAAGCUUUACACUGCCAUGGUCUGGUUCUGGGCUGGUAUCAUGAUAUACUUGAUGUUUGCUGCCAUUUUCAUCGCCGUCAAAGCCAUUAUCGCAGAUAUUCACAGCGGAGGUGGCUUCAGCAUUAGCGAAAUUUUUAAGAAUCAGGUUUUCUACACGCUCAUCGUUUCCGUCAUGUCGACCUACGGCAUCUGGCUUAUUGCAUCUAUCCUCAUGUUCGAUCCAUGGCACAUGAUUACCUCGUUCCUUCAGUACAUGCUCCUGACGCCAACCUUUACCAACAUUCUCAACGUCUACGCCUUCUGCAACACCCACGAUGUCUCCUGGGGUACCAAGGGCGACGACAAAGUGGAAAAGCUGCCGUCCGUCAACACCAAAGACGGCCAGGGCAAAACAGAUCUUCCCGAUGAGGGUGAUUUGAAUGCCCAGUAUCAGCGAGAAGUCUCCGUCUUCAGCGUCAAAUUCAAGGAAGUCAAGUCAGAGCCCACAGAAGCUCAGCUGCAAGAGAAGCAGAUGGACUACUACAGAGGUGUACGAACUGGUGUCGUGCUGAUCUGGAUGAUUUCCAACUUUGCUCUUGCAGCCGUGGUUUUGAGCUCUGCUGGCCUGGAGAGGAUCACGCCUGGUAACGAGCAGGAUAUUGAGAACCAGCAAACAGAGCGAUCCAACAUUUACAUGGCUGUCGUCCUCUGGAGUGUGGCAGCCCUGAGCAGCUUCAAAUUCUUGGGAGCCAUGUGGUUCCUCAUCGUCCGUCUAUUCAGAGGUGUCUAAAAAAGGCAUUGUCUAAGACCCAUCGAAGGUUGAACGAAUUUGACAAACGUAGUUGGAAAAAAAAGAUCGAAAGAAAAAAAAUUAUACAAAGCUCUCAGCGGGCUACGAUAAAACAUGGUGCUAUUAUCAUUUCUUCUUGAAUUAUACCCCCUUUUAUAUAUAUUCUAUGACAGGAAGGGAAAGCACACACACAUCCCGACGAAAUGUUGGAAUUUUUGCGGUAGAAGGGAAGCAGAAGGGAGGAGGCUUGGUUUGUGUAGCCAUCUGUCUUCCUGCAUGCAUAUGUUUUUACGGCCUGUGUGGAAUUUCUUUCCCUUUCUUUAUGUAACACACGACGGGGCGUUCUUUUGAACGAAUGUGUGUGAGUUGGUGGCGUUUCUCUUUUUGUCUUGUUUUUAUUCUUCUCAUUUUGCAGAAACGCAUUUGCAUAGCAGAUAUUUUAGAAUACGCUAGAUGAUGAUGAAACAUUUGUGAUUCUGAAUAUGUCGCUUCCGAUUUGUCUACCAUGGAGAAGCUGUGCCUCGCAAGUCUCUUAAAGAGCCACUAGGGUAUUCAAUGUGAAUCUAUACGCAUCUAAUCAUAAUAUUGACAAUAUUUCGUAGCAUAAGGUAUACCAUAUCAUAUGCCUUGUAUUCAUAAUUGUAAAAACGGAGAACCAGCCCAGUCUAUCACAGUCCCAAACUCGCCCAUCUCUCAAAGCAACAGGACCAUUCAUAACUCCAGUACGGCUUUUAGAAAAGCCACGCAACAUAACGGUUGUAAAACUUACGCGCGCCCUGGCUGUCUGCGUUUUUAAUCUGUUCUUGCUCCAGGUAGUCCGCCUCCUGUGAAUCGAUGAUGUCUUUUCCGGUGUAAAAGUCGGCCUCGUGAGGCUUAACGCCUCGACUGCCGGUGAGGAGCAUGUGCCCGAAGAGCAUGGUAAUGUAGAGAGGAAUUCCAAGGUAUCCUGUAAUGAAGUUCUUAUAAUCAAAAUCGGAGUCCUUAGUGCGGAUGAAGACGUUGAAGUUCUUUGUCAAGCUGAUAAGAAUGACAAAGGCCAGGCAGACGACGGUACCCCAAAAUCCUUGAGGGGCGACAUAAGGCAUGGCACUAUCGGGGAUGUUCUGGGCGCGGCGAGCGCGCAGGAAGAAGAGGUAGGUGACAAGGAUGGAAAUCCAAGUC